AUGGCCCCUCGUAGCGGCGCAGGGCGCAGCGAAGUUGCUGAACCACAAGAUUACCACCCUCUCGGUGUUCGUGGUCGAAAGACUGGUGCACAGUUGAAAGAUACCGGUACUCGCGACGAACAUGGCAUGCAACCUUUGGACGACCUCUCCUCUUCACCAGAAAGAGAACCAGCAUCUCCACCAAGAUUCGACGACGAUGAUAAUGAAGAUGACGACCAUGAAGAAACCGGAGAGAAUCUAGAUGACGACCAAGGCAGUGAAGACAUGGAUAUUGAAACAAGCUUUGGACCGGGUCCUCAGACUGUACUUAGGAAAAGUAUGAUCCCUCUGCCUCGAAGUCGCUCGCCAAUAAAGACCGGAAUAUUGUCUUCUCCUCGACGAAACCCAAAUCUGGAACAUCUCUCUUCGCCAAGCCGAUCGCCCGCUCGAUCACCCGCACCAAAGGAUCGCGACAAUACCGUGACCAGGAAAAUCGAUUUUGGAGCAAAACCCACAGGACGCGGGAAGGCUGCGACAAACGGGGCCAAUGGCACACUACACGAGGAGGAGGAUGAGGAGCUAGAAGACGCGCCUGAGAGCAAUGAUGAGGUGGAAGAUGAUGUCGAACUACUCAACGAAUCGCUUCAACUGGUAGAUGACAUGGGCGGACAUUCAUCAGAGCAGGGUUCCGAGCAGGAAUCUGAAGCCGAAUCCGAACCUGCGCCUGCGCCUGUGCAAAAGGCCGCCAAAGCAUCAGCUAAAUCCAACCAAGAAAAGGCGAACGCAGAUCCCAAAAAGACAGGGCGCCGCGGAAGACCGCCAAAGGCAAAAGCAGUCGAGGAAGAACCUGUUGAGGAGGAACUUGUCGAAGAAGAGCCAGAAGAACCCCAAGAAGCCGUGAAACCCGCCAAAGGCCGACCCGGAAGGAAACCUAAAAAUGGUGUUCAACCGAAGGCGUCCAAUGCACCCCCAUCACGGAAACGACCAGCGCUGGAGGAGGCCGAGGAGACUGAAGAGCAGGAAAACGAAAAUUCAGAGCAAGAACAAGAACAGGCAGAACCACCGAGACAGGUUAAGAAGCAAAAAACUGAUGUUCCCAAAUCAUCAAAACCGGCCAGGCCAGCACCAUCAGAAACCGCGUCGACAGCAGGGGCAAAAAAACCGAGAGGGAGACCUGGACGAAAGCCAAAGGCACAAGAGGUCGCGGAUGCUGAGGACGACGUUGGAGAGACAUCAUUCGCAGCGCUUCAGCGCGGGCCCCCUUUGCCCAAAAAGCGUGGCCUCGUCUCUGUUCGCCACGACGCGGACGAGGUACAGACUACGAGAUCUGGAAGACACUCGUUUAGGCCACUCAGCUGGUGGGCAGGCGACAAGGUGGUUCAAGAAGAGGAGGAGUUCAAGGACGUUUCUGGUCGUGAUCGCUUCGUGCUCUCAACUAUCAAAGAGGUCAUCCGUGCUCCUGUAGAGGAAGUGCGUGCCAAGCCGUCAAAGCCAAGAGGGCGCCCUGGCAAAGCCAAGUCAAAAGCAACGAGACAAGUUGAAACCGUUGAGCCUGAAGACUGGGAGCUUGAUCCUGGUACUGUCAACGGCGAGGUGAUCCUAUGGGAUCCCGAACACGAGAAGAACCCCCCUGGUGACGAAGAGCCAGUGGAAGUGAUGGACGAUCGAAUCGCCCUAUCAGGCCAGGCAAUUCAAACCCGCGACGUUCAAGGAGUAUCUUUCCGCAUGGCCAAAACGCUCACAACGCCCUUUAUGGGCGCAGGUGUCGUCGAUCUACCUGCUGGUUCAGAGAAACGGCCCAAGAACUCGCGCAAGAUGCACAUGGUAUUCUUUGUACAUACUGGAAAGGUACUUGUCACAGUGAACGAGGCCUCGUUCCGCCUCAGCGCUGGAGGCAUGUGGUUUGUUCCCAGAGGAAACUACUACAGCAUAACAAACGAUUAUGAUGCAGACUCGCGAAUCUUCUUCACUCAGGGGUGUGAGGUAGCGGCUCAGCCCACAGAACCAGAUCAGUCACAGAUGUCCAUGAUGGCUUGA